UCGCUAGAUGAUCCCUUCUGCCUACAACCACCAGCAUCUACAUUAACUUGUUGAAGAAACCCCCAUGAGUUACAUCAUUUUAUUUCCCUUAGAGAAUAAAAGUGUUUUUGAACUGAAUCACAUUUAAGAUGGAGUGUGUCUGUGGACAUUCAUUUGAAAGUCUUUCCCAAAAUUCUCAACUGGAUGCCGGUCCAGACUUUGACUAGGCCAUUUUAACAGAAUAUGUUGAUUUGACCAUAACCCUUCCACUGUGGCUUUAGCUAAAAGUUUGUGGUCACCGUUCUAGUGAAAGGCAGACCUGCCCCAUAGACAUAUGUCUGUUGGACCCCUUAUGUGUACAAAACGGAAUCCUCCUAUCUUAGCCUUCAUUCAUCUUCCCAUCAAUUCUGACCAGUUUCCAUGUUCCAGCUGCAAAUAAAUCAAUCCCUACAGCAGACUAUUUUGCCAUGGGUAUCCUUUUGCCAUUGUUCAGUAAAGUCUAGAUUUGUGGAGUAAACAGCAAACGUGUCCCGUCAACACACUCUUCCUGCCAUGGAUCCCUGCAGGUCCUCCAGAGUUACCAUCAUCUCAUUUGACCAGAGCUCUUCUGUAAAUGAGUUCCGUCCAAUGAGUUUCCUUGUGAGGAAAAGAGAAGGAGGAGGAAGGAAAUCCUCCAGGGAAAUAGACUGUGUGAAGACAGGCAGAGGAGGAGAUAGAGGACAAAAGGAGAAGAAGAGCUGCCAAAGAAAAGAGACGGAGGUGAAAAUAUCAAUUAACUAAUACAACAAAUAUUUUAUAUUCGUUAGGCCCCAAAAACUUCCGACUCGCAAACCUCUCUAGAGGGGGAGGAGCAAUGCAGCACAUCUGGCUCGCUGUGCUUUCCGGCCUCAGCCUCCGACUGGCUCUCCCCUGCGGAGCCGAGGAAGGUCUCGAGUUCCCCAACUUUGACGGCAAGGACAGGGUGCUGGACAUUAACGAGCGCAACUACAAGAAGGCCCUGAAGAGGUACGACCUGCUGUGCCUGUUCUACCAUGAGCCUGUGCCGGCCAACAAGGGCCUGCAGAAGCGGUUCCAGAUGACAGAGCUGGUGCUGGAGCUCACAGCUCAGGUACUGGAGAACAAAGACAUUGGUUUUGGAAUGGUGGACUCCCAGAAGGAUGCGAAAAUAGCAAAGAAACUGGGUCUGGAGGAGGUUGGAAGUGUGUAUGUCUUCAAGGACGAUCGCGUCAUUGAGUUCGAUGGGGAGCUCUCAGCAGACACCUUGGUGGAAUUUCUCUUAGAUGUGCUGGAGGAUCCAGUGGAGAUCAUCAAUAAUGCCAUGGAGCUGCGAGCCUUUGAGAGAAUGGAGGAGGACAUUCGGCUCAUUGGCUACUUCAAAGGAGAGGACUCAUAUUACAAAGCUUUUCAGGAAGCCUCGGAGCGAUUUCAACCUUACAUCAAGUUCUUUGCGACAUUCGACAAGUCUGUCGCCAAACAUCUCUCCCUCAAGAUGAACGAAGUCAAUUUCUACGAGCCGUUCAUGGAGGAGCCGGCCAUCCUGCCCGGAAGACCUCUGUCCGAGGUCGACAUAGUUGAGUUUGUCACCCAACACAGGAGGGCUACACUGAGGAAGCUCCGGGCAGAGGACAUGUUUGAGAUAUGGGAGGAUGAUAUGGAUGGGAUACACAUUGUUGCCUUUGCUGAGAAGGAAGAUCCAGAUGGCUACGAGUUCCUGGAGAUCCUGAAAGACGUGGCCAGGGACAACACCAACAACCCAGAGCUCAGUAUUAUCUGGAUUGACCCUGAUGACUUCCCUCUGCUGACCACGUACUGGGAAAAAACGUUCAAGUUGGACCUGUUCAGACCCCAGAUUGGCGUGGUGAACGUCACAGAUGCAGACAGCGUUUGGCUGGACAUGUCCAACGACGAGGACCUGCCCACGGCGGAGGAGCUGGAGGACUGGAUCGAGGACGUCCUGUCGGGGAGGGUGAACACCGAGGACGACGACGAAUUUGCCGAUGACCAGGAAGACGAGCGCUACGUCUCGGAGGACGGCGACGAAAGUCCGGACCCGGACGAAGAGGAUGAUGGGGAUGACUAGGCUGGCCGAGUUGGUGUCUUUGGAGUUUGGAGGCAAAUUCAAGCUUUGUUUAUGUCUGAUCAUUAAAGAAAGGUGAAUGUUCAAUGUGAUGUAGUGGCUUUAAAUAUUAGGAAAUCUAGACAAUAUAGAUUGUAGUUUUAGACGAAACAAAUGAGAGAUUAUCAAGGGCAUGUUUGUGACCUAAUUUUGCACAUUGCCUGAAGCUGCAAUUCUCUGUUAUUCACCAAGGAUCGUGUCCUCUAAUUGAUUCCUCCUUACAACUUUGAGGCAAAACUGGUGCAGCAAAAAGGGACCAGUGAACAUUUAGGACCUUAAAACUGUCUGUAAAUUAAGUGAGUGAUUACCUGCAAGUAUAUACUUAGAGAAAUAAAGGACAAAUGGCGACACUUA